AAAAAAUGUGGAGCCGGUUGCGUUCAGAAGAGGGGCGAAGGACAAAGAUCUAGACGACGAUUUCCAAGGCUGUUGAAGAUCUAAACAAAGAUAUCCUGGGCUGAAGUGCGGAGUGCGGAACCGGAGUCACGGCGGCGGAUCAUGAGUUGAUAGAGGAGUUGUGGUUGAAUCGUUGAUGGUGACACGCUGGGUGUGCAAUGAUGAAACAAGUUCAAGAUGUUUACCGGAGGCUAUUGCUGCUGGCCACGUUGAUUGUGGGUGCCCGAGCAACAUGCAAUGCCAUUGGUGGGACGCCAACACAGGAUGGAACCGUUCUAAAGGGAGAGAGCGGUGCGUCUAAGUUUACCUGGAUACUGCCCACGUACAGUAUAACACAGUGCAACGUGAAGAUGUUGGGAUUUGAAGUCAUCCACUCAAGUACUUCAAACUGUAAUUUCGUUGUGUCAGUCUGGAACCGUGAUACACAGGGGAUAAAGCCGAAUGAGUACAUACUAGAGUACGUGGCACCCACUGUGCCCAUGCCUGCUGCAUCCGGUGCCACACUGUUCAGCUAUAACUACACAAGCAGUACCAGGCGAACAUUUCGCUAUUCCAAGACAGUGUUCAUUGGCAUCACCACGAAGCAGUCAGCAUGCCGUGUAUUGGGAAGCUCUACAUCAGCAGACGGUGCGAGAUAUGCAGACGGAGAAUACAAGCUACCUGGAGUUACAAACAAACAUGAUUUUGUAGAAAUAACGAGAACUGAUGUGUCACUACGUGUGCUCACGGAAGAUAUCGACGAGUGCGCAGCCACCCCAUCCCUGUGUACAUCCUACACAAACAAUGUGUGUAGUAAUACAUUUGGAUCAUACAGUUGUGUAUGUAAGAGUGGAUACAGUGGAACGGGUGGUGCUUCUGGUACUUGUAGUAAUGUAAACGAGUGUUCCAGCAGCAGCAGCAAUGACUGUAAUCUGUACAGUAACACGGAGUGCUCCGAUACUGUCGGCUCAUAUCAAUGUCCCUGUAAGACUGGUUAUAGUCCUGUGUCUACAAUAGCACAACCAUCAGCUUGCCGGAAUAUCGAUGAAUGCAGUACAUCGUCAUCAUCAUUGUGUCCAUCAACCAAGAUAUGCGUGGAUACCCCAGGCUCGUAUAUUUGCCAAGGUGAGUAAUUAAUUGAACAAUGA